AUGGCUCAAUUUUACGGAAUACUUUUGCUACUCUUUUGCUUCGCUGGCCCCAGUCAGAUGGCCAAGUUGCGUCUCCAACUGAUGUGGCGGAGCUUCAAGUGUGCGACCAAUCCGGAUUAUAUUUCCCAAUACAAGUGCCUCAUCCUGGAGGAGGACAGAUCUCUGCUCACCUCGGAAAUGAACUAUAUACAGGAUGUGACCCAGUAUAAUGCCACCUUCAAGCUGUUUAUGCCCCGAAAGCCCAACACAAGGUUCCAAAAGGUUUUAGACAUCAAUGUGGAUAUAUGUCAGUUUGCUAAGGGAGUUCAUGGUCAUAGAUUCAUGACCGUUGUCAUUAAGGCUUUCGGGAAGCAGGGUUCUCAGCUAAAGUGUCCACAUCCCAAGGGUCUUUAUGUUUAUCCCAACAUUAACAUAGCCGAGAAUUUGCCCGCUUUUUUGCCAGAGACUGAAUUCAGAAUUGAAAUGAAUUUCUUGACUACGGAAACGCAUUUGGUUAAUGUCAGUCUUGCUGGAUUUUUGUAUGAUCCUCAAAAGAAGAGGGGAAAGGUUGUUUAA